AUGUCCAAUCCACGACCAAGCGAGCACCUCACCAUCGGCUACCCGCCGCAGGGUCUUUCUGCUCAGGGCCGCUCGAACUCGCCCACCACCACUUCACCGAACGACCCGCAGUCUGCGGGUAGCACCCUUCGAUCGCCCUUCGGUCUGUCUCCGGGUCUGACAUCAAGCUCCAAAAUGUCGGGGGCCUCGCGCUCCGGUAACGGCUCGCCCUCACACGAGAUGGCAGCUUCGGGGCGCUUGUAUACUAAGCGAGCCCGAGAAAUUCAAGCCCAGGAAGGCGUCCCCGGAUUGCCUUUGAACCCAUGGGGUGGUCCUCCCACCAGCGGAAACUCGACGCCCCUCCGCGAGAACAUUCCCGAGUCACCUACCGACGGCUUCCCAGACUUCGCCCAGCUGCCCACCCCGGACACCCUGCCCCAGACACGGCGAGCCAGAGCCGGCACACUCCCCUCUAGAUUCUCCCCCAACACCGCUGGCAAUGCUCUCCUCGGCAUCCCAGCAUUGGCCUCCAAAACCUCGCGCCCAAGCCCUUCGCAGACCCCAUACAAGUCGCCGUCGCCCGGCCUCGAAGCUCCGGGCGACCUCUCCAAUGCGUCCACCCUACUCUCGAGGCUACGCGCUGGCUCUAUGCCCCAGCGGAGCCCGUUCGCUCAUGCACCUGGGACUAGCUCUCCCUUCGGUCCCUCUAUCUUCAGCAGUUGGAACCCCAGUGGGAGAGAGAGGGGUAACACGUUGGCCAGCAUUGCGAGCUUGGGGUCUAACGGGCCUAGUUCUCCUGCCCAGUCUCAGUUCUCCCGCGAGGGGAACGGCGAGACAGACGUCCAUAUGAGGACACUGGACUACCUUGGCCUGGCCGAGACCCCACAGCCUGCCCGUGCCCAGCUGGCGACCGGGCCCUACAUGCCCAACUACGCUGACUUUAGCAAAGCCGCGAACCGCUUCCGGUCCUACUCGGUCAACAACAAGGACAAAUAUGCGGAUGAAGAAGAGGAUGAGUACGACGCCGACGCCCUGUCGUACAUGGAGAAUCAUUAUGCGCAGCUCCAGGACCAGCUCGCUGCCACGAAUGCGGCCAUCCACAGCCACAACCUCGCUGUGCAGGCUUUUGCAAACCAGGCCGCCCGUCCUCGUGCGCGUACUGCGGGUGUUUUGGAAACUCCACCGUCACGCCUCCUCCGCAACUAUCUCCCGACCGCCUCGAGGCUUGAUAGCUCGUUUACCGCGGCCGAAAUCCAAAUCCCGGAUGAGAAGGCAUUUGACGACCUCCCGCAGGCCAUUGCUGGGAUGUCACUGGGGAGGUCGAACAGCCGGAACAACGGUCUCCUCGGGGCGGACGAGCAGGGUUUGGAAGGCCCCACAAGCGCCUUGUGGCUCGGCAGCAUCCCCACGUCGACCACAACCUCGACGCUAACCGAGAUGUUCAAGACCUACGGGCCCAUCGUGUCUGCCAGGGUACUGACCCACAAGAACUGCGGGUUUGUGAACUUUGAGCGCGUGGACAGCGCCAUGGCCGCUAAGGCGAACAUGAAUGGAAAGGAGAUCUUCCCAGGCGCAGGUCCGAUUCGCAUUAACUUUGCGAAGCCGCCUUCCAGCACGGGAACGCCCGGCCACGAUGGCGCUGUUCCUUCGCCGAGCCCCGACCCAUUCUCCAAGUCCCAAGAGGGUGGCCAAGGCGCCGGCGCUGGGGUAUCGGGCGAAGGCGGCCUUGCUGCCGUCCAGGGGAACGUCACCCCUACCGUGCCGCCCCUCCACGAGAUGACGGGCGAUAUCCUGCAGAUUGUCCAGCAGUUUGGGGCGACGGAGGAAGACAGCUUCCGCAUCUCGGUGGGUCUGCAACAGGCAAUCCAGUACAACACGUUUGUGGACGAGAUCCCGCCCAUCAAAGAGCCUGCCCACACCCGGAUCCAUGACGCGCCGAAGCUGCGAGAUAUUCGCAAGCGCAUCGACAACCAGUCGCUGUCUCAGCAGGAGAUUGAGAACAUCGCGAUGGAGAUGCUCCCUGAGAUUGCGGAGCUGUCGUCGGACUACCUUGGGAACACUGUCGUGCAGAAGCUGUUUGAACACUGCUCGGACGCCGUACGCGACUCGAUGCUAGCCGAGAUAGCACCUCACAUGGCCGAGAUCGGUGUGCACAAGAACGGGACGUGGGCGGCGCAGAAGAUCAUCGAUGUCUGCAAAACGCCGCAACAGAUGAACCUGAUCGUACAGUACCUGCGGCCAUACACCAUUCCGCUGUUCCUUGACCAGUACGGCAACUAUGUUCUACAAGGGUGCCUCAAGUUCGGGUCCCCUUACAACGAUUUCAUCUUCGAGACCAUGUUGAGCAGGAUGUGGGAGGUUGCGCAGGGGCGAUAUGGCGCGCGUGCCAUGCGUGCUUGCUUGGAGAGCCACCAUUCUACCAAGGACCAGCAGAGGAUGCUGGCCGCCGCGAUCGCCCUGCACAGUGUGCAGCUCGCUACCAAUGCUAACGGCGCGCUGCUGCUGACCUGGUUCCUCGACACCUGCACGUUCCCGCAGCGCCGGACCGUACUAUCGCCCCAGCUCGUCCCCUACCUCGUGCAUCUCUGCACGCACAAGGUCGCGUAUCUCACAGUCUUGAAGGUUAUCAACCAGAAGGCCGAGGCCGAGGCCCGGGACACCAUCCUCAAGGCCCUCUUCUUCACCCCGAAGGAUCAGGUCCUGGAAGCCAUACUGAGCGACCACGCCUGUGGAGCAACCCUGAUCUUCAAAGUUUUGACCACGCCGUUCUUUGACGAGACCAUCCGUAACCAAGUCGUGGAAACCGUCAAAACGGUCCUCGUUCGCAUCAAGGCCCAGCCAGGCCAGGGCUAUAAGCGGUUGAUGGACGAAGUUGGCUUGUCAACGCGUAGCAGCGGCAGCGGCAGUGGGGGUGGUGCUUCUCGGGAGCACGGUGGUGCCGAUCGGCAACGGCCUGGGUCUCGCCAGACCGUUAACCAGCCGCCGCCACAGCUACAGCCGCAUCAGCAACAGCAACAACAUGCUCAACAGCAGCCUGGGCAGUACGGUGGCGGUGCUAACCCGCAGCAGUACUACAACCCGCUCAGCGCCGGCGCCGGCGCCCCCGGUUACGACAUGGCUUACGGGGUCCCCCGUAGCAGCGAGGGUAUGGACCAGUUCCCUGCUUUCAACGCCGGCAACCCCAUGUUCAACGCUGGCAACGCCCCCAUGAACCCCAACGCUCUGCAACAGAUGCAGUACCAGCAGAGUAUGAUGUCCCGCGGUGCUCCGCCCCCGCCCAUGAACAACUACUUCCCCGGGAUGCAAGCCGGUGGCUAUGGCGGCUUCCAAAACGCUGCUAGCCCUGCCAUCGAACAGUACCGCACCAACCAGCCUCUAGCUAACGGAAGCCCCAUCCCGCAAACCGCGCAGCUCCCAGCAGGCGCCGGUCAGCAGGCUCCCUUUGGCGGUGCCCCUGGUGGAUUCGGCAACAUGCCUAUGCCACCCCCCGGCAUGGGUGGGUUCCCGGGGUAUGGCGCGCCUCCGGGAGGUGCUGGCGUCUAUCUGCCGCCACCGCAGCAGCCUGAGCAAGUCAACGCGAGGCAGCGGGGUGGUCGUGUCGGCCGUAGCCCUCAACCUAACGGUCGGCAGCGGCACCAGUGA